AUGCGUCUAAGUAAUAUAAUACAGUCUGUAUUCAGUGUAACGACACUUUUAAGCAUUCCUACUGCCGUUACUGCUGCUGAUUCUAAUUCUACUUCUAACUCUACUACUCCUGCAAUUACUAUAGAUGGUAAUGCCUUCUACAACUCUGACACCAAUGAAAGAUUCUAUAUUAGAGGUGUAGACUAUCAACCAGGUGGUUCUUCUAAUCUAACUGAUCCAUUAGCUGAUGUUGACGUUUGUGGUCGUGAUGUUCCUGUAUUUAAAGACCUUGGUAUCAAUACUGUUAGGGUCUAUACUGUCGAUAACUCCCUUGAUCAUUCCGAAUGUAUGAAGUUGUUAUCAGAUGCAGGAAUAUAUUUGAUCUUGGAUGUUAAUACUCCAAAAUCUGCUAUUUCAAGAUUAAAUCCAAGUUGUUCUUAUAAUGCCGAUUAUUUACAAAAUGUCUUUGCUACAAUCGAUGCAUUUGCCGAAUAUGAUAACGUUUUAGGUUUUUUCGCUGGUAAUGAAGUCAUCAAUAGUGAUAAUACUACUUCUACUGCAACUUAUGUUAAAGCUGUAGUUAGAGAUAUGAAAAAAUAUAUCAAAGCAAGAAAUUAUAGAACAAUUCCAGUUGGUUAUUCAGCUGCUGAUAUUGUUGCUAAUAGACAAUUAAGCGCAGAAUAUUUCAAUUGUGGUGAUGAUGCUGAUGCUAGAAUCGAUAUGUUUGGUGUUAAUGAUUAUUCUUGGUGUGGUCAAUCAUCCUUUGGUGUAUCAGGUUACGCUACUAAGAUGCAAUUAUACAAAAAUUAUUCUAUUCCAAUCUUUUUAUCUGAAUUUGGUUGUAAUAAAGUUGUCUCAAAUAGACCAUUUACUGAAAUUGAAUCUAUUUAUUCGACCCAAAUGAGUAGUGUCUUUAGUGGUGGUUUAGUCUAUGAAUAUUCUAAUGAAACAAAUAAUUAUGGUCUAGUGAAAAUCGAUUCAGAUGGUACAAAUGUUACUAAAUUACCAGACUAUGAAAAUUUAAAGAGUGAAUAUGCUAAAGUAACUAAUCCAACCGGUGAUGGUGGUGCUUAUAAUGGUAAUGAUUAUUCUACUUGUCCAGAUUAUGAAGAAGGUACUUGGGAAGCUAAUAAUACUUUACCUGAUAUGCCAACUGCUGCAUCUGCAUACUUUAAGAGUGGUGCAGGUGAACCAAUGGGUACAUUUAUUUCAACUCAAAAUAGUUGUUAUGAUGACGACGAUGAUGAUAUUGCAAGUUUGUCAAGUUCUUCUUCUGUAGAAUCUACAUCUUCUUCUUCUGUAGAAUCUACCUCAACUUCUAGUACAACUACCAUGUCUUCAAGUACAUUGGCUUCAUCUACUUCUAGUUCGAGGUCUAGUUCGUCCAAGGGUGUAGCAGGUACUUUAGAGGUCCCAACAAUUUUCCAAUUGCUAUCUCAAGGUCUAGGCUACCUAUUGUAA